AUGGAUCCAUCACAAGUUCCAAACCUUUACAAGCAGCAGCGGGGUCCUCCUAAGAUCAAAAACAAAAACCCUGCACCGAUUCAAAUUACGGCCGAGCAAAUUCUUCGUGAAGCUAAAGAGAGACAAGAAUCAGCAAAGAAAGCACCCCGUCAAAAGAUUUCUGACUUGGAAGAAUUGUCAGAAUAUCGUCUACGUAAAAGAAAAGAAUUUGAAGAUGCAAUAAGAAGGAAUAGAUUAAAUAUCGGAAGCUGGUUAAAGUAUGCGACAUGGGAAGAGAGUCAAAAAGAAUUGAAUAGAGCACGUUCAAUUUAUGAAAGGGCCUUAGAUGUAGAUUCACGUAAUGUUACUCUUUUUAUUAAAUAUACCGAAAUGGAAAUGAAAAAUCGCAAUAUCAAUCAUGCUAGAAAUUUGUUUGAUCGUGCGGUUACUUUAUUACCACGAGUUGAUCAAUUUUGGUAUAAAUAUACUUAUAUGGAAGAAAUGUUGGGAAAUGUUGCAGGAGCACGUCAAAUAUUUGAACGUUGGAUGCAAUGGGAACCGGAUGAAUCCGCAUGGAACGCUUAUAUAAAAAUGGAAAAGAGAUAUGGAGAAAUUGAUAGGGCAAGGGCUAUUUAUGAGAGAUUUGUUAAUGUGCAUCCGGAACCAAAAAAUUGGCUUAAAUGGGUUAAGUUUGAAGAGGAGCAGAAUGACUUGGAGAAAUGUCGAGAGAUUCUUAGUCAUGCCAUUGAAGUAUUAGGUGAAGAUCAUAUGGAUCAAAAAAUUUUUAUAGCAUUUGCAAAAUUUGAGACGAAGUUAAAAGAGUUUGAAAGAGCACGUGUUAUUUAUAAAUAUGCUUUGGAUAAACUAUCUAGAUCUAAAUCCGAAUCACUAUAUAACGCGUACACUCAAUUUGAAAAACAAUAUGGUGACAAAGAUGGAAUAGAAGACGUGGUAGUUGGAAAGCGGAGGAUACAAUAUGAAGAGGAAUUAAGAACAAAUCCAAAAAAUUAUGAUAUAUGGUUUGAUUACGCGAGAUUGGAGGAAAAUGCAGGCGAUGCCGAAAAAGUUCGUGAAAUUUACGAACGCGGCAUUGCACAAGUGCCUCCGACACAAGAGAAAAGAUUCUGGAGACGAUAUAUAUAUUUAUGGAUAAAUUACGCGUUGUAUGAAGAACUUGAAACUAAAGAUUACGAUCGAACUCGUCAAAUUUAUCAAGCAUGUCUGAAGAUAAUACCCCACAAGAAAUUCACAUUUGCAAAGAUAUGGUUAUUAUAUGCACAAUUUGAAACAAGACGAUUGGACUUACGGAUAGCUAGAAAGUUUUUGGGAAUGGCAAUAGGAAUGUGUCCAAAGGAUAGGCUCUUUAAGGGAUAUAUUGAACUUGAAUUACAGUUACGAGAAUUUGACCGUUGUCGUACUCUGUAUACUAAAUAUUUGGAACAUAAUCCAUCCAAUUGUUAUGCAUGGAUUAAAUUCGCAGAACUAGAAAAGAUGUUGGGUGAUUAUGAUCGAUGUCGUGCAAUAUUUGAAUUGGCUGUAGAGCAACCAGUUUUAGAUAUGCCAGAGUUGUUAUGGAAGGCGUAUAUUGAUUUUGAAUUUACAGAAGAAGAAUUUGAAAAGACACGUCUUUUAUAUCAACGUUUAUUGGAAAAGACUGGUCACGUUAAAGUUUGGAUUAGUUUUGCACAAUUUGAAUUGAAUGCAGACGAAGGAGACAGGAAAGGUGCUUUAGAAAGAGCACGAAAAGUAUUUGAAACAGCUUACAAGAGUAUGAAAGAAAAAGAAUUGAAAGAAGAGGAUUUUGAAAGCAAUCAUGGCACUCAAGAAACACUAUCAACCAUAGAAGCUAAGAUGCCUAAAACCGUCAAGAAGCGACGUAAGAUUGAUGAAACUGAAGGACAGACAGGUGUUGCUUGGGAAGAAUAUUUCGAUUAUAUCUUUCCUGAUGAUCAAACUCAACAACCGAAUUACAAACUUUUGGCAACGGCACAUGCUUGGCAACAAAAGCAACAACAGCAGCAGAAAAAGUAA